AUGAUGAUAGCUACCACUUCUAUUCUCACCAAUCCGCCACCCAGCAUGUUAUCAAGCAAGUGCAUACCCCCGAAAUCCCCUCCUCCUGGUAAGCCCGCUUCGUGGAAGUGGACUUGCGAGAGAUGCAACAUCUCAUACAAGCUCGCCGUGACACGCCGUUGCCUUCACUGCAAUUCUACAAGGCUAUUCCGCGAUGUCAAGUUUAUCGGUGCUUCUAUCACAAAAGCUUCCACACGGCGCCGCAAGCUUAAUAGACUCCGUCACAUUCCGCCCGCGGAGAACCACGACUAUGACUUCUGGAGCAUUCAGAACGACUGGCGCCGCUUCCGCUCGAUCUAUGAGGCAGAUCCCGCAGCCUGGAGGCGUCGCACGAUGCGCGAUCUCGCUGGAUCCAGGGGCGCAGUUCGCCGGGCGAAGAAGUCGCAGAUUGAGACCAACAGACGAACCGAAAUCACUCAGGACCGCUUCCAGCGCAUGCUCAACUACACACACUCUUGUGAAUCUGACUGUGACUAUCCUAGUCAGUGUCACACAGAGCGAUAUCAAGUGUUCCAGAAGGACCCGAGCUUGAUCGCCGGCCACGUGGAAAUCUUCGCUCCAACAUACGACGAAGACGAAGAAGAUCAAGGAAAGCUGCCUUUGUGUGGUCUCCUGCCAGAGUUCGGCCAAGAAAUAACCAGCCCCGAAGAUAUCGACGAUCAAGACGAAAUACUGGCAGCGUAUGAGGCCCAAGAGCAGGAGGAGUGGUUCACAGCACCACAGUCCAGUUCCGAUGAUGAGAACGAAGAUACUACAUCACAGAAUUUCGAAGAAUUGGACCAAGAGCACGACCACGACGAGUACCUCGCGGCCCAUGAGAACGAUGACAAGGAUGAGUAG